GGUGGUGUGUUGCUGAGCAGCAGCCAGUCGUGUUUUUCCCCUCACCACUCUCUCUCUCUCUCUCUCUCUCGCACUCUUAUCCUCUGCUCUGACUCUCUUGCGCUCUGGCUCAGCGGACAGACGAGACCUCUCCUCUCUCGCUCCUCUUCCUCUCUGCCAGUCUGUUAUCUCACUGAAUCCUUUAUCUGUUUCUCUUUUUCACAUUUCUACCUCCCUCCAUGUCUCCCCCUCUGUGCCAGGGGCAUUAGCGGGGGUCCCGGUGUGUGUGUGUGUGUGUGUGUGUGUGUGUGUGUGUGUGAGUGUGAGAGUGUGUAUUAGGGGGUUUCGGCAUGGAAGCUGUGGCACUUUAUACAUUUCGUGCCACAGAGGGCGAUGAACUCAGUUUCAACAAGGGAGACCUGCUCAAGAUCACCAACAUGGAGGAUGAUCCUAACUGGUACACAGCUGAGCUCCACAACAAAAAAGGCUUUGUGCCAAAAAACUACAUCAACCUGCGACCACACGCCUGGUUCGCUGGCCGUAUAUCUCGCGGUGUGGCAGAAAGUCGACUCAGGCACAGGGAGUGUGGGGCUUUUCUGGUCAGAGAGAGUGAGAGCGCCCCGGGCGAGUUCUCCAUGUCUGUCAGUUAUGGGGACCAUGUUCAGCAUUUCAAGGUGCUGCAGGAUCGCUGUGGUCAGUACUAUGUGUGGGACGAGCUCUUCUCCUCUCUGAACGAGCUGGUGGACUUUUACCAUAGCAACAGCAUCGCUAAGGAGAGGACUGUCUUUCUGAGGGACCCCGAGCACUUCGCCAGGCGUCCCCAUCAUGCCCACGCUCUCUUCGACUUCACCCCACACCACCCCUCCCAGCUACGCUUCCUGCGCGGUGAUGUCAUCGAACUCAUUGACUGCUCCGAUUCGCUGCGCUGGAGGGGCCGUUGCCAUGGACACGUGGGCUAUUUCCCUCCGGAGUACGUCCAGCCCAUUUACCACUGCCAAUGACCUGACACCUCAGUCAAGUACACAUCAAUUCCCACAGGUUCAUCAUUGAGCUGUCUUGACCCCGCCCCUCACGCUGCUCCUCUGCUCUGCACUUGACCAUUCAUGUUUGGAGCAGACAACUGAAGAGCUGCAACAGAACUGCUCAUUAUGUUACUGACUCCUCCCACUUCCCACAUGAUGCCACCUGUCAGUCACAAUCCUCGUCCAAUCAGCUGCUACAAGCUCAUCAAUUGCUUCCACCUGAUCCCACAACUCCACUUCUCUUUAAUCAUGUAAAAAUAAUAAAUUAAGAUAUGGACCUAGACACUGUGGAGAACUCACAUACAUACACACACACACAAACUCGCAGACAUAAUCAUUUACAGCUUAUCAGCACUGGUGCAGGCUGAAUAAAUGCAACACACACACUCACACUAACCUUAUGACAAGAAAAACCCCAGUGUGUGUGUGGCCCCUGGGAGGUUGUGGAGGAAGGGAGAGGUUUUCUCCGCUGCAGAUGAAUCAGGAUUUGCUCCAGUGUUUUCCCGCUGUUCCCAUGAGGAGAUCCAGUAAGCUGGACAGAGAGACACAGAGAGUCAUUGUGGUGUGAAUAUUUGGGACCAGGCACUCUGAGGACACUGACACAGCAGAUUCCUCCCUCUCUUACUGGGCUGGCGUGUGUGUGUGUGUGUGUGUGUGUGUGUGUGUGUGUGUGUGUGUGUGUGUGUGUGAGUGUGUAGAGGGGUUUGUGUGUAAAAGGUGGGACUGAACAUAUGUAUCUGUAUGUUUAUUGUGCGCUAAAGUGAAUGCAUGUGUGUAUUGUUUGGGGGUGUUUGUUGGCGUGUGUGCUCUGUAAACCAACAAAGGAGGUUACUAUGUUAAAGUGACCAAUGAGAUGAAUGCUGCCCAGACGACGCUUUGUUUUGAAAUACGCAGCUUAAAAUGUAAUACGCUCAACUCAACUUAUGGAUCAUUUGUUUGUUUCUAUGUAUUUAUUCUUAUUUGUGUGUAAUCUUAAAAUACAUAUAUUAUAAGUAAGAUUAAACAUUGUAAAAAGGUUUUGUUUCUGUUGCAACAGAUUAAGAAAAGCACAUUUCAUGUGAUUAAAAGUAAGAAGUUGGACCGGUCUUCCUUAACCUGUAAUGACAAAUCAUUUAAAUAAAGAGAUACAUUUACCUCUUUGAA